CUCGCACAACACAUACCACACCAACACCAGUCCAAGUCCUUAAACAACCUAUUUCUCACCGAAGACAUGGGGGGCAAGACUGGAAACAAGGCUGGCUACUUCGACAAGCUCAAGGGCUUGCUCGAGGAGUACAAGUCCAUCUUCAUCGUCCAAGUCGACAAUGUCUCGUCGCAGCAGAUGCACGAGAUCCGUCAGGCUCUCCGUGGCGAGGGUGUCGUGCUGAUGGGCAAGAACACCAUGGUCCGCCGUGCGCUCAAGACCUUCAUGGGUGACUUCCCUGAGUACGAGCGUCUCCUCCCACACGUCAAGGGCAACGUCGGUUUCAUCUUCACCAACGGUGACCUCAAGGCCACCCGCGACAAGAUUCUCGCCAACCGUGUCGCCGCUCCUGCCCGUGCUGGUGCCGUCGCUCCCGCCGAUGUGUACGUUCCAGCCGGAAACACUGGUAUGGAACCAGGAAAGACCUCUUUCUUCCAGGCUCUCGGUGUCCCAACCAAGAUCGCUCGUGGUACCAUUGAAAUUACUGCCGACGUCAAGGUCGCCGAGGCUGGCAGCAGGGUCGGAGCUUCCGAAGCUACCCUUCUGAACAUGCUGAACAUCUCUCCCUUCACCUACGGUAUGAGCAUUGCUCAGAUCUACGACCAGGGUCAGACUUUCGCUUCCUCCGUGCUCGACAUUGAGGAGAGCCAGCUCCUCAAGGCUUUCAGCUCCGCCAUCUCCGCUGUCAGCUCCAUCUCGCUCGCCCUCAACUACCCAACCCUCCCAUCUGUCAUGCACAGCUUGGUCAACGCCUACAAGAAGACCAUCUCGGUCGCCAUCGAGAUCGACUACGAGUGGGACGCCAUCCACGAGCUCAAGGACCGCAUCGCCAACCCAGACGCCUACGCCGCCGCUGCCCCAGCUGCUUCUUCCGCCCCAGCCGCUGGUGGUGAUGCUCCAGCUGCCGCUGCUAAGGAGGAGGAGAAGGAGGAGUCUGAGGACGACGACAUGGGCUUCGGUCUCUUCGACUAAGUGUAGUCAGAGAUUGCUGUCCGGAAAGAGAUGUGCUUUUGUAGACUUGGAAGAGUCAACGAUGAAUGAACAAGGCUACACUCGGCUUAAAUACCGUCUCACCACUGUACACUGUCUUGCACUGACCUCGUACGGUUGCCCAGAUGUCUCAAUUGUUUCCAUAUUUCGUCCUUCCAUUCCAUCUCACUUGAUCCACCAACCGUGAACUCGAAUAUGCCCAGUCCCAAUUACUGACCGAGCAGCUACUCC